AUGGCUUUUUCCUACAAUAAUAUUGGCAAUGUGAAAAAUACCAUGGGUAAUUAUGCCGAGGCACUUUCUUAUUAUGUCAAAGGCCUUGAAAUUCGAAAACAAUCACUUCCUCCCAAUCGUACUCAUUUGGCUCAUUGUUACAAUAAUAUUGGUGUGGUACAUGCUAAGAUGGGUAAUAAUCCCGAAGCACUUUUAUUUCACGAAAAAGCCCUUGAAAUUCGUCAAGAAUCACUUCCUCCGAAUCAUCCGGAUCUGGCUCAUUCUUACGGAAAUAUUGGUUCCGUACUUCACAGUAUGAUUAAUUAUUCAAAAGCACUUUCAUUUUACGAGAAAGCCCUCGAAAUUCAACAACAGUCACGUCCUGCCAAUCAUCCGGAUUUGGCUCAUUCAUACGGAAACAUUGGUUUAGUGCAUGACAGCAUGGGUAAUUAUCCGAAAGCACUUUCAUUCCACGGAAAAGCCCUGGAAAUAUGGCAGCAAUCAGUUCCUCCUAAUUGUCCUCAGUUGGCUGGUUCCUAUAACAACAUUGGUGUAGUACAUGAUUGCAUGGGUGCUUAUGUCGAAGCACUUUCAUUUCACAAAAAAGCUCUAGAAGUUCAACAACAAUCACUACCUCCCAGUCAUCCUGAUUUGGCUAAUUCUUAUAACAACAUUGGUAAUGUGCAUAACCAUAUGGUUAACUAUCCAGAAGCUCUUUCAUUUCAUGAAAAAGCUCUUGAAAUUCAACAUCAGUCACUUCCUGCCAAUCAUCCCGAUUUAGCUGAUUCCUGUAACAACAUUGGUGUAGUACAUAACAACAUGGGUAAUUAUCCAAAAGCACUUUCAUUUCAUGAGAGAGCUCUUAAAAUUCGAGAACAAUCGCUAACUAGUAAUCACCCUGAGUUGGCUAGUUCCUAUCACAACAUUGGUGAAGUGCAUAGAAACAUGGGUAAUUACUCAAAAGCUCGUACAUUUUAUGAACAUGCUAUACAAAUUGGAGAAAAAUUAUUACCUUGGAAUCAUUUUGAACUUCAGAAAUAUAGAAAUGACCUCGCACAUGUAAAUAACAAAUAG